AUGGAGUAUGCUCCUCUGACUUGGUCGUCUUGUCCCCCUUCCUACCUUGGCCUCCUUGACAAGGUCCAAGACCGUGCCCGGCGGCUCAUCUCUACUAAGGUUCUCCCAGACGAGCAACCUCUACAGCACAGGAGAGAUGUGGCGGGUCUGUGUGCCACCUACAAGAUCCACAAGGAGGGCGCCCCACACCUCUCUGCUCUCCGGCAGCCGUGGGCCGCGCCUCACCCCCACAACACGAGGGAGGCUUGCACGGAGAAUCACCUCACUGUUCCAUUCGCCAGGACGGAGACCUUCCUCCGUUCUUUUGUGCCAAGAUACACUAGGCUUUGGAACAACUUAGUGAGUGAUACAGAUAUACACAAGGCUCCUACUCUUCAGAAAUUUAAGUGUGAGGCUAAUAAAUGGCUAAAAGUGUAA